UAUGGGGACGAGGAAAUGUUAAAUCGCACCGAAAGAAACUUGGGUGAUUAUGACGUUACCAGAAUUAGAUGAUCCUUUGCGGACAUAAAAUCAUUGCGAGAACUGUUUCUGGUGUAUCGGAUGUUGUAAAAUCCACCUGAAGAUGGAGCCCAUAGUUGUGACGUCAGACACAGACAACGCGGCAGCCGAGAGGGCGAGUCUGGUGCCUAAAACAAGUGACUUGCCGCCACACAUACAAGCCCUCCUGUACGGGUCCAAGAGAGACCGGCAAUUACCCGACAAGUGCCUGGUUGCCUACAGCCUGCUACAGAGCGACUACAUCCUCAACAACCUCAACAGGCCCCUCCGCAUCCUGCCCUGGGAGAAGGACGGCAAGCAACAGCACAGGGGCUCGGUGGUGCAGUCGACCACCAAGAACGUGUUCCUCCCCCGCAUCAAGAAACAGACGGAUGAGGCACCGGUAGGGACAAAGGAGACCUCCUACCACAAGUUCAACGAGGUCAUCAACAAAAGCAGCUACGGCAAGAUACAGUUUUAUGAGCUGGGACUUAAAGGCGACGCCCUGCCCCCCUGGGUCAUCUCUAGACUAGAGACGGCCUGUCGCUCCUUCCGGUAUGAGCUACCGUUCAACAAAAAACUUUUGGAAGAAAUGACUCCUCUGCAAUUCCUGUCUACUCAGACGCGACUAUCCAGGGACCAGCGGAGAAGAUACUCUGAGCUGUUCAAAAAGUAUAAGAACAAACUGACUGAUCUCGUAGAGUUCAAGAACCUCUUUCCUGCGCUAAAUGUCCUGUUCGGGUCCUACCUAAGUGUCCAGAAUUUCGACACUCUCGUCAUCUGUCUCUUCAUUAACGAGGAAACCAAGGUGGACGAAAAUGUGUUUAUUGGGUUGUGUGCUUUUGCCGACCGUCUUUUUUGGACGGCCUAUCUGGACUGCGAAGAAGACACCUUCACCGUUUGGGAGAAGAACCGAACGGCUCUUGAGUUCGCAGACUUCGAGAACCUUCGCCGCAAACUUGUGGGCCUACACCUCACAAAAGAGAUGAAGGCACUGCUCUACUCUCUGGCGUAGCGGCCCCUCCCCGGCUCCUCCACUCGACGGGUACACUACGGCGUUGUCGACACACAGAGAGCCACACACGGAGGAUAACUGGCCAGAUCAUUUUGUCAUGAGGAGAACACGGCAGACUUGCCAUACUGGAUUUUUAAUUAUUUUUUUUUUGGCGUGUUUAGUAUUGGGUUAUGUAUGCGGUAGUAAAUUAGGAAAAAAAUAGUUUUUAAAGCUGAUUAGAGUGAGUUACGUUCAUAUGUAUACUACCUCGUGAGCGUGUGUCUAUCUCUGAGUGUGUAAAGUGAUCAGUGUGUCAUUAUUUAGUAGUGUGUCAUCAAUACACAGUGUGUUCUUAUUUGAUAGUGUGUCUAUAUUUUCUAUACAGUGUAUACAGGUUUCAAUAGUGGGACUGAAAUUCUUUAAAUGAAUAAGAGAAAAGCAGCCAUACUUUAAAGGAAAGGGAUGAUAUAAAUGUAGAUAAUUGAUUGGUUGCUAGGGUAAACAUUAAUUAGAAAACUUAGACCUAGUUUACAAUUGUUUGACAUCAGUAUGUUAGCUGUAGACCAAUUUCAUUAUGAAGUGUACAAAGUGGCGGAAGUAGCUUGCAUGGGAAUCAAAUCUCAAAACCAGGAAGGAAUUUUCCCCACACAUUUGUGCUCAACUGAUCCAAUGUCACACGUGUUCCCACGAGAGUUUGGACAUUGUUGACAUACAUAACGCGUGUGAAAUUGGGUCAGAAAAUCGUGUAAGAA